AGAAAGUGCGAUUUACUUGUAGCAGUUAAAACUUAAUUAUCGCCGAAAUCAAUUCCCGUCGUUGACCGUUGCUAAUCACUCCAAUUCCGCCGCUCCACCUCCGCCGGCCUCCGCCGUCGGGGUUCAAAUCAAUGAACCGUCGAGAUUACGGCAGAAUGGCGAUAUCGAAAUCUGCUUUUGUAACGGCUCUGUUGCUCCUAUUGCCCAUCACUAUUGAUUGCGCCAACACCUACAAUAAGGGAGAUCGCGUGCCCCUUUUCGUCAACAAAAUCGGCCCCCUUCACAACCCUAGUGAAACAUAUGAAUAUUACGAGCUGCCCUUCUGUCGUCCAGAUCAGGUGAUUCAAAAGAAGGAAAGCUUUGGGGAAGUUUUGAGUGGUGAUCGCUUAGCAAAUGCUUUAUAUGAUUUGAGAUUUGCUGUCAACACAACCCAAGCAGUUGUUUGCCCAAACAAGCUAACAAAGGCUGAUAUAACAAAAUUCAGGGAUGCUAUCGCUAAUGACUUUUACUAUAACAUGUACUGUGAUGAUCUUCCACUUUGGGCAUACAUCGGCAAAGUUGAGGAUGAAAGCUGGAAAGCCGACAACAAGGGGAAAAAGUUUUUACUCUUUACCCAUGUUCACUUUGAUGCUCUUUACAAUGGACAUCAAGUCAUAGAAAUCCAUGCCUUCAGCGAGCCAAGUCAUAUGGUGGAUAUAACAGAAGCUGUUGAUGUUGAAGUCGAGUUCACUUAUUCUAUGUCCUGGAAAAGAACCUCUAUGCCAUAUGAGAACAGAAUGGAGAGAUACGCUAGAGCUUCCUCAUUGCAUAUUAUCCACCAAAGUCAUUGGUUCUCGUUCGCUAAUUCUAUUGUCAUAGUUAUACUGCUCACGGGACUACUUACUUUGCUUUUGCUGCGGCAUGUCAAGAAUGACUUAAGAAAAUGGUCGAUUGGAGAUGAAGAUGAGGAGAAAGAAGUUGGUUGGAAAUACAUUCACGAUGAUGUGUUCAGAUGCCCAACGAGUCUACCACUGUUCUCUGCAGUUUUGGGCUGUGGUACCCAGUUGUUGACAAUGUUAUUCAUUUUAUUCAUUUUGGCGUUUCUGGGAGUCUUCCAACCGUAUAGCCGUGGUACUCUCUCAAGUUAUGUGUUCAUUUCUUACAUUCUUACAUCAGCAAUUGCGGGCUACAGAUCUGCGUCAUUUUAUAGUCAGUAUGCUGAAACUGGACGGGAAAAAAGUCUCCUUUUUGUAGGAAUACUGUUCUUAGGUCCUCUGCUCUUCACAUCAUUCAUCCUCAACUUACUGGCUGCAUCUUUCGGGGUGACUGCAGCUCUUCCUCUCGGAACGAUAUGUGUCAUUGUUCUCGUAUAUAUACUAGUAUCAGUUACCCUACUUUCCCUAGGAGGAGUGUUUGGGCACCGCUAUAAAUCUGCUUCCCCGGCCUCACCCGUCACUAAGAAAUGUCCACGGGAGAUUCCUUCGUUGGCUUGGUACCGGAAGACCCCAGCCCAAAUGUUUCUUGCAGGUCUUCUACCUUACAGUGCCAUUGCUCUCGAGUUACACCAUUUUUAUGCUACAAUCUGGGGCUAUAAACUCUAUAGCUCUCCAGGAAUUUUAUUCUUCACAUUCGUAGUCCUUAUCUUGAUCACUGCUAUUUUAAGCGUUGGUUUGACAUAUUUUCAACUGGCUGCCGAAGACCACGAAUGGCAUUGGAGGUCUCUAAUGCGCGGUGGCUCAACAGCUAUCUUCAUGUUCUGCUACUGUAUAUACUUCUACCUGCAUUCGAAUAUGACUGGCCUCUUGCAGACGGCCUUCUUCUUCGGCUACAACGCCUGCAUUUGCUACGCGUUUUUCUUGAUGCUGGGUGCCGUGGGUUUUCAAGCGUCGUUGCUGUUUGUCCGCCGCAUAUACCAUGCCAUCAAGAGUGAGUGAGCUUCACUGUACUUGUACACCGGAAAAGUACAAUCAACCCGAGCUAGACUUCUCUGUCUCUUUAUACAUCAUCUCUUUGUUAGAGUACACAAAUUUGGAUCUUCCUAUGGCUAUGUAGAGACCUCAAACCACAGUCUUAUCUCUUUUUCAUCUGAAUUUAUCCACAGCUUAGCACGACGAGUCUCACUAUGCGACUCAAGCCGCGCUGUCUGGUUUCUCCGUUA